CAUACUCGUACCUGGGCACCUCCUAACCGGCCAGGUAAUCACCUGCCUACACCUACCUGGUUAAUCUCUUAAGCGGAAAGGAAUACCUGCUACGUACAUACACGUACAACACCGUCUGCGCCGACCGCACUACCGAUAGUUGCGCUCUAUCGAGCUGCUUCGUGCUCGUAAAAUAAAAAGAAAAGUCGCCUGUGCUAGCGGGAGCACCUAGGUACCCAGGUACCUAGGCAUACAUCAUAGGUGCACGAUGUACCUACGUACCUGUCAGCCUGUACGGUUCCCGCCAAUCAGACGCGCCCGGCCCCGCCCUGCCUCGCAGGUACCUGGGUACAUGCGCAGCCCCCGUGCGCCUAAUACGGUAGGUUACCUGAGAAUUGGUCCAAUCCCAAUUAUUACCUAGUGGUGAAUUGUUUCCCUCGCCCGGCUUCCGUCUCUCCUCCUCCUCCUCCUCCUCCAUCAUCUUUCUCGCCUCGCCUCUGCUAACUUACCUACUAUUUUCUCGCCCUCUUCCCCUUUCGUCUUCUUGCCUCCAGACGCGACUCGCUACCAAUUGACCAACUUGACGUUUGUGUCCGACCUAGCUAGACUAGGCUGACCGGAGCUCGUCCUUACCUCUGACCUAUUUAUCUCUUCUCUUACCUCUUCAUCAUCUACGUCAUAUACUUCCCGCUGAGCGGCCGCCAGUAUGUCUCUGGACACCAAAAUCCCCCACCUUCCCAGCGGUUCACCUUCUCGCCGCGGUUAUCUCUCCUUUAGCCGGGGCAACUUUCUGUUGGGAGACGAAAGUCCGCCGCCCAUCACGGCGCGAGGGCAAGGUGCCCUCGCCCAGCUCCUCAAGAGCCGCUCUCAUAGCUCGCUGCAUAACUACGGCGGCACCUGGCGAGGCAAUGCGUUAUCCGGCCACGAUGAUGAGGAAUCUGCGCUGCUGGCGCCCAUGUACCCGUACCCGCACUCCGAGCUGGACGACGAGUCGCAUCGCCGGUCUCAGCUGGACGAGCGCCGGCUGAACCAGCUCCUCCACAGCUCGCCCAUGCGCUCCAUGCGUUUGAUCGGAAACUCGAAUCCCCGGUACAAGUGGGCGAGGUAUUGGAAGACGGAGGAGGAGCUGAGUAGCAUGAGGAAGCCGAUUCGCGAAUACUACGAGCGGAUUAAUUAUCUGGUUCAGCAGUAUCUUUACAUCGAUCGGUUGCUGGAUAGUAGUCUGCCCCACGAUCUGUUGAACGAGUAUAACAACCUCCCUCAUAGCUCCUUUAAGGACAUUCACAUCCCGGCCACCAUCUCCGAGGAACAUCCCGGUGCCAUCAGCAUUGGGAAGGGCUCGCCCAAGAGCGGGUUCGGCAACAACGAUCCUGCUGGCAACCUCAACUCGCUCACGAACCUUUCGAGCUUCCGAAGCAACGGCAUCGACCCUGCUACCGAGGAGGAAGACGCCAAGGACGUCGUCGUGCAGAGCGUGGCGAAGAAAGUCAAGCGUACUCCCAAGGACAUAUAUCGUGCAAUCGAGAGCACUCCCUUGUUCCUCAACAACGACGACGAGGAUGACCAGUGGGAUGGCCCGAAGCCCGAGAUCCCGUGGCUGGAUGAGGACGAAGUUGACAGCACCGACCGCAUUGUCACGCUAGCCAUCUACGUCAACUUUGCUGCCAAUCUGUUUCUGCUCCUGGGCAAGAUCGCCGUGGUCAUUUCCAUGUCCUCCAUGUCGGUGCUCGCUAGUUUGGUCGACGCGGUGCUCGACUUCCUGUCGACAGUCAUAGUGUGGACCACGACCUGGUUGAUCUCGCGACAAGACCAAUACAAGUAUCCGGUGGGGCGGCGGAGGCUGGAACCCCUGGGCGUGCUCGUCUUCUCGGUCAUCAUGAUCACUUCGUUCGUCCAGGUCGGCCUAGAAUCGAUACAGCGAUUGGCCUCGCCUAAGCACGAGCUGAUUGAAGUAGGGGUUCCCGCACUUAGCAUCAUGCUGGGGACUGUCUUGAUCAAGGGACUGUGCUGGCUAUGGUGUCGCCUGGUGAAGAAUUCGAGUGUUCAGGCACUAGCUUCGGAUGCGAUGACGGAUGUGAUCUUCAACACGGGCUCUAUCCUCUUCCCCAUCGUCGGCUUUUACGCUAAGAUUUGGUGGCUGGACGCCCUCGGCGGUCUCGUCCUGUCGAUGGUUGUGAUUUUCAACUGGUCCGAAACUUCGAUGCAACAUAUUAAAAAUCUUAGCGGAUUCUCCGCCACCGCCGAUCAGCGAAACAUCCUGCUGUACCUCGCGAUGCGCUUCGCCAAGACCAUCAAGCAGAUUCAGGGUAUACAGGCCUACCACGCCGGCGACAAGCUCAAUGUCGAGGUCGACAUCAUCCUAGACGCGUCCACAACGUUGCGGGAUUCCCACGAUUUGUGUGAGAGCUUGAGCUACGUGCUAGAAUCGGUCCCGAUUGUGGACAGGGCAUUCGUCCAUGCCGACUACGCGAGUUAUAACUUCCUGCCUACGCACAUGGAACAGCAGAGCGGUUAGACGAUGGGUAUUUUUAUCUAGCAGGGUGUUGGGGUAAGCGCAGUUCGCGUUGCGGAAGAAAAAGGCAUUGCAUAGAUUGGCAGACGGGCAUUUGCAUAUAUUGCAUGGUCAUAGUACGGAACGGAUAUAUUGGCAAUGUAUGAUACUGUACCUAGAAUUUCAGUUCGCGAUGUGCAUGUUCGGCGACAUACUCUGCUUGCCGGUACGUCGCCAACCCAUACGCGUAUAGAGAUGGGGAUAUACGAAGACCUACGUCGUGUCUCUCAGGUCCUGAGAACGGCCCGUUUCAUUUGGAGGGCGUGUGGCUAAUGAGACUAGCGUUGGAAAAUGGAGUCCAUUUAAGCGAAGACCAACGUCAGGUAUUGGCUCUUUGCGGCGAUUGGGGAACCACGGAUGCCCUGAAAGUGUUCCUGAGAUAUUCUCCAUCUGUUUAAGAGAAUAAAUAACCCUGGUUCCCUAAGAGGGACAUAUGAACCGCAGGGUAUGAUAUGUAGGUAUAGAUAUAUUGGGGCAUGUAUAAUAAUUAAGAUGAUGAGACAAUAGUAGGGAAUGGGUUAGAAGGGUCUAACUAAGCGUCUACAGCCUAAC